UGUGUACAUUUGAGUUGAGGAAACACGUCGCUGUAACACAUUAUUAGACACACUGACGGAGUUAUUACGAUGUCCGGUUUGUUACGCCAUUCCCACCCCUUUUUCCCGACAUGAAUGGAACAUCCUAAAAGUGAUUUGGCUGUCGGAGCAGGAGAGUUGCUACUGACAACAUCGCAGGGGGCAAUUUCGCUUCACUUUUCUCUUCACUUUACCGGCCGACAGCGGAAGUUAUAAGAUACUUACCAGCUACGCGUGCCGUUGUAAAUUCACCCCGUUACUCAAAAGCAAUGUUAAUUUAGAAUUUUUCCAAUUUCUUUUGAGGCAACACACACAAAAAAACGCGGCUUCUGUUUUUUUGGGAAUGCUUCCUCGGUUUGCCAGUGAAGAGCAGAGAGCGACAGUCCCAUCUGUCAAUUCACAUCUGAAGACAUGUUGUGCUGGUCUUUGCCUGACUGGAAAGUACUGCUGCUGAUUGUACUGCUGUGGGACCGUCUCUGUGCUUUGGGACUGAAACCCACAAGAUGGCCACUGUAUUCAAAAAAGCCUUUGCUCCUUGCUUGGAAUGCCCCGACUGAGGACUGCGCUCCACGGCAUGGUAUUCGCUUUCAGCUGGACCUUUUCCAAAUCGUGGCCACACCCAAUGAGGGCUUCUUUAGGCAGAACCUCACCAUCUUCUAUAAGGAGCGCUUGGGCCUGUACCCGUCCUUUAAACCAGAUGAAACAGCGGUGAACGGGGGGCUGCCGCAGGUGGCCAGUCUCACGCAGCACCUGGACAAGAUGACGGAGGGAGUGCAGAAGUACAUCCGGGAACCAGGGGCCAAGGGUCUGGCAGUUAUUGACUGGGAGGAUUGGCGCCCACUCUGGAUACGUAACUGGGAAAUCAAAGAUGUUUACCGAAGACAUUCUCGUGAGUUGGUGCGUCAGAAGAACCCGAUGUGGCCUCUGGAGCAGGUGGGAAAAGUGGCCCAGCAGGAGUUUGAGAUGUCUGCCAAGAAAUUCAUGCUGGAGACGCUGAGGCUCGCCAAGAACCUGAGGCCAAACCAGCUGUGGGGUUUCUACCUGUUCCCCGACUGCUACAAUCACGACUACAGGCGCACUCUGGAGAACUACACAGGCCGCUGUCCUGAUGUGGAGGUGGCCCGCAACGACAAGCUGAAAUGGUUGUGGACUGAGAGCACGGCCCUCUUCCCCUCCAUCUACAUGGCCCCGGUGCUGCGUUCCUCAGACUCUGGACGACAGUUUGUCCGGAACCGAGUGAAGGAGGGGAUGCGUUUGGCAUCAACAGGCGAUGGGUUGGCACGUCCUGUCUUUGUGUACACCCGGCCCACUUACACCAACACCCUGGAACAGCUGACAGAGACUGACCUCGUCUCCACCAUCGGGGAGAGCGUGGCUUUGGGAGCAGCUGGAAUCAUCAUGUGGGGAGAGGUAGCUUAUGCAAGCAGCAAAAACAGCUGUUCCGACCUGGACGUGUAUAUACGGGGUCCACUAAGUCAAUACCUCAUCAACGUCUCCAUGGCGGCAGAGCUAUGUAGCCAGACGUUGUGUGGUUCUCACGGCCGCUGUCUGCGCAAAAAUUCAGACCGCAAUGUUUACUUGCAUCUGAACCCCCUCUACCACACUAUCGGCACACAAAACGGCAGGCCAACAGUUGUCGGUGAGCUAGGCGAAGAAGAGAAGACAAGUUUUCACACAGAGUUUCAGUGCCAGUGCUACAGCGGCUAUCAAGGAGUGGGCUGUGAUCAGAAAGACCCUCUACACCAAAAAGGGACGGCAUCUCAAAUCAUGGCGUCAGCACUGCAAUGUGUGAUCUUACUGAUUACCUCUCUGCUCCUCUGUUAAUACAACAUAAAUACUAAAGGCUGCAUUUUAUAUGUCUAAAUACUGGGGCAUAUGAGAUGGCAAGGUGGGAAUUUAAAGUAAUGUCUUUUUUUUUUGUUUAAUUGCUGUAAAAUAUGGAUGACAUCAAUUGAAAUUUUAUAAGAAACACUGUGGAAAUUGCAGUUAUAUUUGUUUAGAAGUUUUAAUCUUUUUCUAAACAAUGGAGGGCUCGCUGGAAAUGACCUUGUUUACAUUUUGCUCUCAGUUUCCUCUCGGUCACUGUUUCACAAGGUGUCAAAUUCCAUGUUUCUCAUAGAGAGGACGUUUUUGGGGAGAAAUAUGAUAGUGAGAAAGUGGAGUUGAUGCACUUAAAUCUGGUAAUAACACUACCUAUUUGAAGUAAGUGUCUGAUGUUUUCUCAACAUGACUUCUCUGACAUCUCAUGUUUUUUAUGGAAGCAAACAGUUUUACUAUUUAUUUGAAUGUAUUUUUAGGUGUUUUUAUACAUUUGAUUUUUGUGUCCAAAACAUGACUACUCGUUUUUCUUAAAAGUAUUUUCUGUAUUUCAGCAGCUGUUUUACAUCAAAAGCACAAACAAUGUAAAAAGCACAUUUUUUACACUUUUUAUGUUUCACAAUUUCACUUACACUUACUUUAUGCUCUUUUCUUAAAUUUGACUUUUGUCUAAGUAAAUAAACAUCUUUGUUAAGG